CUAGGAGAAAGGAAGAUUAGUAAAUACAGUGGACAUAGAAAUAGAUGGGAAUAUAACAGGGACUGGGACGCCCACACAAGGACACGAGCAUUCAUUUCCUCAAACACUGUCUAAGCUAUCAGUUUUCCUUUGCUGCAUCACGGUUCUUUGCUCCUCCUCCCCACUCCGAAAACAGCGGGGAAGGGGAAGGGGAGGUGUACUUGUAUGUGGAAAGAGACUGGGGUUGUGGUGGUGGUGGGGAUCAUCAAAAAGAAGUCCUGUAAAUCUCUCUUGUGAUGCAGAUCUGAGCUGCCUGCAGAUUUCCCCCCCUAUCAACAAGAUCAAAAAAGCAAAGGGGAUGCAGAAGUGUAAGUGAUUGCUGAAGGAUCAGAUGAACAUUACUUCAUUCUGAUAAAUAUCACAAGUUCAGAAACCCUGAAAAUUUCAGCCUUCACUGACAGUGGAAAAGUGGAAUUACUUUUUUAAAUAAUAUCUCACCCAAGACCUAGCUUCAAAUUCUAGGUGAUCAUUUUGCUCUGGAAGAAAUGGUUUAUCAGAAGAUUAAGAUGAUACAUGUUUUCAUUAUUAUUCUUGUGGUUUCUUGUUUAUGUUUGAUCAUAUCUAAAAUGAGCUCAACAGAAAUCUGCAUCUUUUGCAUAAGAAAAGAAGGCACAAUAGUUUUCAAGAAACAUGGUGGGAACUUUCUUCAGCUUCCAGAUAUAGACUGCAGAAAGAAUCCUCCAUUUUUAGUUGUGAUGGUGACUUCAUCCCACAAUCAGAUUAAAGCACGGAUGGCUAUCCGUGAAACUUGGGGAAGUGAAAGAAAUGUAAAAGGUAAACGUAUAAUAACAUACUUUCUGCUAGGAAUCACAAAUUCAAAGGAUGAUGGUGCAGUGACACAAGAAAGCCAGAAAUACAGAGAUAUUAUCCAGAAAGACUUUUUAGAUGUAUAUUUCAAUUUGACUCUUAAAACAAUGAUGGGGAUAGAAUGGAUUCAUCAUUUUUGUCCUCAAUCUGACUUUGUGAUGAAGACUGAUUCUGAUAUGUUUGUAAAUGUCUACUAUCUAACUGAACUCCUUCUUAGAAAAAACAGAACAACCAGGUUUUUUACUGGUUUUUUAAAGAAGAAUGAAUUUCCAAUUAGAAAGAUAUUUAAUAAGUGGUAUGUAAGCAAAUAUGAAUACCCAUGGAAAAAAUACCCACCUUUUUGUUCUGGAACAGGUUAUGUUUUUUCUAGUGAUGUUGCAAGUGAGGUUUAUAAUGUUUCGGAAAAAAUUCCUUUUAUUAAAUUGGAGGAUGUUUUCAUAGGACUCUGCCUUGCAGAACUAAAGAUUGGUCUAGAAGAACUGCACUCAGAACAGACGUUUUUCCCAGAUGGCCUUAAGUUUUCUACUUGUCGCUUUAAGAAAAUUGUGACCUGUCAUUUUGUCAAGCCAGAGGAACUGCUGAUAUAUUGGAAAGCUUUGGAGAGGUCUUUGGAUGAAAAGUGUCCAGCUGUUUGAAAUGAGAGAAUUGACACCAGGACAAAUAUUAAAAAUUCUGUGGUGAUAUUUUUGAAGAAGUACAUUUUUGAAUGAGAUUGUGGAGAAUCACAUCCUAUCAGCAUUAGGGAGGGAAUGGAGGACAGAGUAAUGUUUCUCAGUGUUCCAAACACAAGACUAAAAUUAAAAAACCCAAAUUGUAAUCCUGGAAUGAUUUAUCCAUUCAAAUUUGGAGCCCCUGCAAAAUGAAAAUAACCAAGUAACAGCUUAUUAACAUCUAUAAUCAUUCUUCCUACCUCCAAGCCAUCUAGCAUCUCUUUAUGUUUAUAAUAUAACUGAUUAACAAAGAUAUCACCAGUACAGAUGUCCCCAACUCCCUGGUUUCAUUAAGAUCUAGCUAGGCAAUUAAGGAAGCCUUUUGUUCUCUGCUUAGUAUUUGUGCUUCAUUGAGAUGAAUCAUAGCAUCUCAAUUUGCUUUAGACAACAUCCAGUUUUAAACUGGAGCUGGAACUUAUUUGGACCUUAUUUUCAAAGUCCCAGAUGAUAAAACAUUGAGUAUGUAGAACAUUCUGUUGCACUAGUGAUUCUUAUUAGAGCUUGAGUUUGUUGCUGAUGUAUUAUGCCUUGAAAUUUAAUUCUAAAUGUCAUUUAGCACAGAAGAACCACUACUGGGAGUACAAGGGUGAAGGUAUGCAUCCCUCUCUAUAUCCAGCUAUAUAAAUCAGUGGUGGAACCUCCGAAUGAGAGAAUCAGAAUUUCCAUUGUUUCACUAAUUGCUGGCUAAAAACCUCUACCACAUCAUCUGUCUAAUAACACCAAUUUUAAUGAAAGUCUUGACUUGUAUUUGAGUCUUUUCAUUUAGAUAUGUUGCAGAGAGUUUUUUUUUUCCUACAAAGAUUAACAGAAUAAUUAGACAGAAUUUAGUAAAUUGACCAAGAAUAUUAGUAUAGCCAUUUGGGAGAUUAAUAUUAUAACACACCAGAAAAUAAAUCAAUCAUGCAAUUCUGAAAAAAUUUCUCCUUAGCAUAUUUGGUAUCAUGAGUUCCUGCUGCCUUGGGGAUGCUACAGCUUCUUCUUCUUCUUCUUCUUCUUUUUUUUUUUACAAAGGUUCCCAAAGACUUUUGGAUCUUUUGAAACUUAAAAAGUUCCAGUCCUGGAUAGAGUUACCAUGGGAUAGCUCUUUAUCUAAGAUAAGGAAGAAACAAACAAAAAGAAUAUGUUGUGCUCAUGGCUGCAAGGAAGCUGGGUGGGAGAUAGGGCUCUUGGCUUUUAUGAUGCAGCUCUAGGUAUUAUACAUACUUUAUGGCUGGAAAGAAAGAGGAAAUCAAAGGUCCCAGUAGCUUGCUUUUUAUAUCUUAAAUCAUCAGUUUAGGAGAUUAUAAUCAUACAGUACAAAUUCUGCGUGAUCAGAAGUAUGCCCCACUUAAGUUUCCAUGUGGUGGGUUGGAACUGGAUAGUGAAUACUUGCUGUACAUGCUUCAGGGAAUGGCUUCUUUUGGCCAGUUUACCAAUAUUAUAUUUAGGUAGAAUGAGAUGAGCUACAAUAUUUCUAAAUUUUCACUUUUUAAAAGAACCUAGGGUACAAAUAUUAAGGUAUAAGCAUAUUCAUUGCAGGAUUCUUAGUGCAUGGAUUAAAUAUUUGCUAAGAUAAUAUUCCUUUAUUGAACAUCCACUAUGUGCCAACCAGGUUCUAAGAGUUUCAGAGACUCAGCUUUCUGGGCUGGUCUAGCCAGGUAGAUAAGAAACUUGUGAACUUUUAGUUUUUGAAUUUUCUCUUUUCAUUUUUUUGAAUCGAGGUCUGAAUGUAUCUUUAAUCUCAGGGAUAUGAUGAAAAUGAGGCAAUAUUUUUGCAAAGGGCUUCAAAUUUUUUGCAAGUAUACCUUAUAUAAUGCAAAUUAGUAAUUUGUUACUAGUUUGUUACUAUUUUUAGUUUGUUACUCUUGGUUUGUUAGUAUUACUUUAUAAUAAUCACUGAAGUUUGGUAACAGUAUCUCAGAAGUGUAGAGCACUAAAUAGUACUGUUCUUGUGAAUCUUGUUUGAAAUAAAAUGAAAGUCUUUUUUCCUGAACAUGAAAUACUCUUAUACUUGAUGCAAAAUGGUCAUGACAGUUCAGAUGAAGAUUUCAACAAUUCUAAUUUACAAAGCUAACAUAUUCUUUUGAAUAAACUUGUAAAAACUUUCCUUAUUUUGAAACUGCAGUGUACAUUUUGUUUAAUUAAAGAAAUAUUGUGUUUGUUAUGUAGAAGACAUUACACUUGGCAUUAAAUAAACAAAAAGGAAAAAGAUAUAGUCCCUGCCUUUGAGGAGCUUACAAUAAAACUGGGAAGAUUGGGGGGAGCAGAGAAGAGAAAUAAGUUAUGAACAAAAAUAAUUAUAAUACAAGCUAGAAUAUAGUAUGAGAAAGGAGAUGUCAAUACAAAAUUCAAAGAGAAAUCUGAGGAGGUAGAGAUAACUUUUGAUUGGGUGGAAUGCAGGGAAAUUAUCUUGGAGGAAAUGGCAUUGAAAUAUGAGAAGUAUUUCACCAGGUAAAACUGAGGAAAGAGUUUAUGGAAGAUAACUUCCUAUGAGGGAUUUUUAAAUUUACAUAAAUAUGUAAACAUGAUAAAGAAAUAAUUCAACUUGGAUGGGAUGUACUAUUAAAUAUAUGAAAUUAGAGAUGAGUCCAGUUUGGGAAAAGUUGGUAGAAUAAUUUUAUACUAUGUUGCAGGUUUAAAUGUUUAUGAUUCUAUUUAUUUUUUGACUAGCAUUCACAAUUGAAUCAGCUCUAUGAUCAUUGAGUGUGAAAUGUGGUAUGAACAUACCAUGAAUCAUCAUUAGUAAGAAUGUGCAUUGUCACUGGUAGGGAUGGGUUUUCAAUGAUUUAUCCAUGUUCUUGGGUGGAUUUCUGGCCCUGUCUUCAUAUAUACUGGUUCCUGCCUCCUAACUAAUCUUAUGUACUCCUUAAAGCACACAACCUCCAGCCUAGGCUCACGAUUGUCAGAGAAUAAAUCCCAAAUUAUAUUUACCAUCUCUUACUUUUUGUUUAGAUCUUCCAUGAUGAUGGCUAUAUUACCUCCUGGCUUUUUAAAGGUUUCACAGACCUCAUAAGCGACAUGUCAGGCUUCUCCUCAUGCUUACCACAAGUACUUGCCGCAAAGUACUUCCCUCUUAUACCUAUUCUCCUAGGACAUAGCAAUACUACCUGCUUGGAGAUCAGUCAAUUAAGUUCUAUACCUAGACUUUGAGGAAUCUCCUAGAACAUUCUAAUCACAUGCUUUCAUUAGCAAACAUCUCCUUACUUACUGAUACUUCAUUUGGAUUCAUUUCCUAAUAGUUCACUACUAUCCCUUCUUAGUCACCCCAUCCCACUAAUACUGUAUCAUCAAAUAUUAAAGAAUAAACUUCCCUCCCUAAUUCUUACUGCCUACCUCCUCUUUUAAAACCCACAAAUGUCCAGAUCUUCCUGCCCCUUCCAUAGUUUACUCAGGAAAUCCAUAAAUGACAAGCUCCCUUUCAUGUUAAACCUCUUCCACUCUUAAUCCUUUCAUCUAUUAGUGGACAUUAAGACCUAAUUCUUCCAGAUUAUAUUGAAUCCAUGGACAUGCAUUCAGUACUUGUUUUACUUUCUUUCUCCACCAUAAAUGCCCUAUAAAGUUAAUAGUAUUGACCAACUUUUCCUCAGAUAUUUGGAUUUCAGGAACUCCUGGCUUUCCUCAAUAGGUCUGACUAUUCAUUUUAGUUUCUUUUAGUUGAUCUUCAUCCAUAUUAUGCACAUUGUGAGUAUAAUCUCAAACUGUGUCCUUGAACACCAUUUCUUUUCUAUUAUUUUUUACUUGAUUACCUUAACAGCUUUCAUGGGUUCAAUUAUUAUCUCUCUAUAUAGUAUUCUGAGGUUUACAUCUCAAUUCCUGGUCUCUAUCUUCAGUUCUAGUCCUACAUCAUUAGCCACCUCACAGACUUUUCAGUUUGGAUAUACCAUAGAUCUAUCAAACUCAAUAACAUGUCCAAAACGUAAUUCAUCAUCAUACUUUCAUCACCUUAGUUCAGGCACUCAAAACUUCUUGUUUGUAGUACUGAAAUAGCCUUCUUAUUUGAUUUAUUGCCUCAACUAUCUUCCAACUUUAACUAAUCCUCUGCCCAGGUGCCAAAUAAAAUUUCCUAAAACAUAUUUUAAUCAUGUCAAUGUUCCCUUUCUUCUAUCUCAUUCAGUAAACGCUAAUGGAUCCUUAAUACUUCCAGGAUCAAAUAUAAAGUCUUCUAGUAUCCAAAACUCUUCACAUCCUGGUCUUUUUCUGCCUUUUAAUCACUGUACCCACCCCAUCUAGUUUCACGGACUCUAAGAUGUAGCCACAUGUCUUGUGUUAUUCUUUAUAAAACAUCACUGUUCUCAUUUCCUUAUGCUCACUAUAACUCAUUCCUAGAAUAAUCUACUUAUUUCUGCCUUUUAAAAUCUUUAUCCUCCUUCAAGAUUGUUUGAGUGUUAUAUUUUGCAUGGAAAAUUUCCUAUUCAUAAAGUCUUACUCUCUAAAUUCAUCCUUUAUUUUAAAAUGCAUUUAUUUUGUUUAACUUGAAAAUACUUUUAAAGGUUCAUGUUGUUUCCCCCAUUAGAAUGUAAGCUUCUUGAGGCAGGGACUUUUUCACUUCUUGUUUGUAAUCCCUGUAUUUAACACAAUGCCUUGUACAUGGUAUAUGUUCUUAAUAAAUAUUGAUUGAUUGAUUAUUUCUUCUACUGUUUAUUAAUGUUUACAUAUAGGCAGCAGACCAGAAUAUGAAUGCUCUGUAUAACUAUGAAAUAAAGUGGAGUUAGCUAGUCUUGUCAAGGAAUUAGAUUUGUGGCAAUAGCACCAGCAAUUAGAAAUGUGUGUAUUCAUUAGUCAGCUGAGCUAAUUAGCCACAAGGACCACAUAAGUAGAGAUGUACCACACUUUAUAGAACACAUAUGUUCUUUAAAAGUUUUCUAUGAAUCAAAUCAUUUUUUCCUUUUGUUUUUUCAUAAUUGGAGAUGGAGAAAAUAUUUCAAAUUGUAAUGGAAUUUCAGAACUAGAAGAUAUCUAGGAGAAUCUAGUUUAAUUCCUUACAUGGUGAGAGUUAAACUCAGACAAAGUCAUACUGAUAGUGGCAGAGCUAGGAUUAGAAUGUGUUUGUGUCUCUAACAGCAGGAAUAUUUAAAAAUCGUGUAUUCAGAGAAAAGUAAUAAUUUUCAUGUAUUCAAAAUAAGUCACAACAUAUGGCCACUUUAGUUAAUUACAUAUAUAUUUAAAUACAUAUAUUUAAAUUAAGACUAAUUUUCCAAUAAAUAAAUAGUCAAAGUACGAAACGUAUUCUUCAAAAAAAGAAUUACAAACACAUGAAAAAGUUAAAAAUUAUGAAUAACCAGACAAAUACAGAUUAAAAUAACCUUAAUAUUCUGUCUCAUAGUCAAAGUAACAAACACGGGGAAAAAAACAUUGUUGGGAGAGAAGACGAAUAUGUUGUUGGAACUGUCAAAGGCUCAAUCAGUCUAGAAAACAAUUUGGAAUUAUGCAAGGAAAGUUAUUAAAUUAUUUAUACCACUUAACUUAUUUCGGGGGCCAUAUCCCCCAAAAGUUAUUGACUAUAAGGAAGGACAUACAUUAAAAACCAAACAACUUCAUAACAUCAUUAUUUGUAUAGUCUUUCAGAAUCUGACCUUAUGUUAGAAUAAAAAUAGAUAUGGGAUAUGCUUUCCUUGGGAAUCUACUGAUUGCUGGGGUUAUAGGGAUUCUUACGUUAUAGGUAAAAAGCCAAAUUCUCCUAAGUCUUCUACGAUUCUUUCUUUGCAUGAUUGAGGUUCAAGCUAGUUUAUAAAAGGAAUGCUAUAAUUUAUCCAUGUGUCCCUGUACCAUAAGCAUCUUGAAAAUUCAGAUAAAUUUCCUUUGGAACCUCAUGCAAAAGGACACUUGAUAUUCCCCCAAAUGGAUCCCUGAAAUUUGUAAGUGCCAUCUAAAUGGUGUUUCUAACUUAUUCUUCCCUAGAAGUAGCAGGUUAACUUAAAGAAAAUGCACUCCAUGUAAAGCCCUUAAAUAUCCAUGAAGCAUCUCUUCCCAAAGAUCAAGCAUUUGAAGUUAAUUACUUGUGAUUUCUAGGUCAUCAGGCAAACUUUUUCCUGUGGAUAUACAGUCUGUAAAGAUCUCAGAUAAGCUCUCUCAACUCAUGCCAUCAUUAAGUCAAGCAUUUAGGAUUUCAUAAAAAGAAAAGAAAGAAAUUAACUUUUUACCAAUUAUUAUAAUAUGAUUUGGUUUUGCUUCAGUUUCCUCAAUUGUAUGGGGCCAAUUCUGGGAUGAAUAAUUAGGAACUAACCAACAAUUUUCUGCUGUAAAACAAAAAUUAAUUGCUAAUUUUCUUUUAAAUUAUUUAAAGCUAUGGGCAUUAAGCCUACUUAGAGAUUAACACUUUGUGGUCAGAACCCACUGAUUAUUGAUUUAACCUGCCUGGUGAGACACUUGGAAAAGAAUUCUAUUGCAACUGUCCUUUAUACUAUUGUGCUUUCUUCAAUCAGGAUCAGAGGAAACUGGCUCUUCCUAUGAAAAAUUACUGAGCUCUUCAUGAAAUGCUCCCUUCUGCCCAAUAAAGGGAAAAUUUGUGGCUAAAUUUUAAAAGGGGAACACAGUCCACAAAACAUUAUUGACAUCCAUGCAUUAUUAAGUAUGAAAAAAUAUUCAAAGCAGUGGUAGUGAGAUAACCACCAAAGCAGUUCUCAGAGAUACUUCCCCAACUUUUGGGAUAAUUGAUAAAUUAUGCUCUAUUACAUACACAGAGAAUAAUAAUAAAAAUUAUACUUACCUUCCAGGGUUAUU